AAGAUGUCAGGAAACAGUUCCAGCACAGUAGGUACACCAAGAGGUGGCAACUUACAAAAUCGUAAUUCUCAGAGAAAGGCGCUUCUAAAAGUAGUGAUUCUGGGUGAUGGUGGUGUUGGCAAGUCUUGUCUUAUGAACAGAUUUGUGUCAAAUCAUUUUGACGAACAUAGUUUUCAUACUAUUGGAGUGGAAUUUUUAAAUAAAGGCAUCGAAAUCAAUGGAGAGGCAUAUACGCUGCAAAUAUGGGACACAGCUGGACAGGAAAGGUUCAAGACUCUUAGAACUCCAUUUUAUAGAGGCUCCGAUAUUUGUCUUUUGACUUAUGCAGUUGACGAUAGAACAAGCUUUAAAAAUUUAGCACUUUGGAGAUCUGAAUUUCUUUAUUAUGCUGAUGUUCAAGAGGGAUCCACAUUUCCCUUUAUUGUUGUUGGAAACAAAGUGGAUGUUCCAGAGCCUGAGAAGCAAGUAUCUACAGAAGAAGCUCAAGCUUGGUGUGCAGAAAAUGGAGAUCCCCCAUUGGUAGAAACAUCUGCGAAAGAUGCAACAAAUGUUGAAGCAGCAUUCGCUGCAGCUGUUGCUGCUUGGGCACAACUUGAAGCUAGAUUAGAGCGUCCCUUUGUAGAAGAUACUGUUGAUCUUUCUAAGCAACAAUCUCCUCAUCGUUCGAGUUGUUGUAUGCCAAUGUCUGGUGCUGAAUCCGCAAUUACAGUAACGUAAUGAAAUGAGUGGUAAGGAGAUAAACUGACAUACAUGGAAUGGAUCCAUCAAAUUUGUUUACACCUGAAAGAGUACACUAUGUUGCAAAUUGAACCGACUCUUACAAGCAAUGAAUAUUGUAUUUAGGACAUAUAAGGACAUUAUAUUAUAUAAGUAUAAGAAUUUUAUUCUUUUUUUCUUUGACCUACACUAUAUAGUUUUGUUUUUAACAAUUCGUUUAAUUCUUCAGACAUUAUUCGUAACCAUUGGCAAUUCGAUUACAAAAAGUGUAAAGUUUUUACAUACUUGAGAAUUAUAUUAACUUUAUAGAAAGAUAGUAAUGUUUAAUAUUACCAUUGCAGUAAUAAUCUUGCAUGUAACAUGCUUUUUCUUCUAGGUCUAACAAAAUAAUUUGAAGAGAUAUCUUGCCUGUCUGCAAUACAUUCUUCACGAUAAGGUGAAUUUUAAUGUUUCAACCAAUUUUUUGUUAGUACAUUAAUAUAGUUCCAUCUCUCGUGUUUAGACUUUAUUAGUAACUAAUAUGUUUUACGAUGCCAAUGAAUCUAAUGUCCAUGUUACUUUUACGAAUUCGAUUCGUUUAUUUUGAAUAGUUAAAAUUUUCUCCAGUGUUUUUGAAAUAUAUAAUUUAAAGUUACAAAAUCGCGUAAAAAAAAGGUACUAUUUUACGGUUGAUCUUUCCAGAACGCAACAGUAAAGUGUAAGGUCAAAUUGAACGUCCUACUCGUAACACGCUUUGUGCAACUUGUGAGCUACAGACAGUAUUUUAAGUGUUUCAUACACCAUUGGCUUGUGAUAAAAGAAUAAUAAUCAUCAAUUGCUUUAUAAAUAAGAAUUAGUAUAAAUUGUAAUUUAGUUUUGUAAUCUAAAUUUGCCUUAUCCUUGCAGCACAAACUAAGGGCAGUGGUGUAGUAUAUGUCUGAUUUUACAAUAUAUAUAUUUAUGUAUAUGAUAAAGUGCAAAAUACUCUGCUGCUCUUGGAAUGAUCUGCAGUAGGUGUUUAAAGAAUUUCCUACAAAAUUAAUAAUGUUAUAGAUAUAACAAAUAAAGCUUUUUGUACAAUCCUAUAUGUAUGUUAUGCAUUUCUAAAGUUAUGUAACUUACUUAAAAGCUACUUAACGCUUUAGUAAUGCUUUACAUAUUAAGUAUAAAGAGUAUGUAACAGAAUUGUAAUUUAAAUAUCCUUUCCAAUAACGAGGCUUGCAUUAAUUAUACAUGUGACAUGCAUGCUGGUGCUUUUUGUAUAGCUACAUGUGGGAUAUAUAAAUUUCUAGCAUCAUAUUGAAUAAUGUGUUGGUUCAAACGCGAACUGCAUAAAAAAUUUAAUCAUAUCAAGGUGAAACGCGUCACCGAGUGCAACACGUAGGUUCAGUCUGCAUUAACUCAGUAUGUUUUAUAUUGUUAAUCCUAUAUGACUUUCAUUAAUAAUUUUAUAAAAAUUACUUUUGUACAGUAUACAUUGCAUUUGUUAUAGUAUAUUUUAUGUAAUAUUAUUUUGAUGUUUAUCAAAAUCGCAGCCACGAUUUUCAUAGUAUGUCUUAAAUAUUAAUGUGUAUCUACACUUUAUGAAUUUUAUAACGCUGGAAAUCGUCUUUACAAAAAAAAUAAAGGUAUUCUGUGCUUGUUUAAAAAUGAUAAAAUAUAUUAGUAAAAUGUCUUUGAUACCUCACUUUGAUUUUUAAUUACACAAGUGAAUUUGUAUUUAUAUUGUCUUAUAUUUUACAAAUAAUAAUAGUUUCUAGAUUACUUUUUAAUAAUACAAUUGUUAAUAUU